CGGGGCUGCGCAGACUGUGCGCGGGGUUUCUCGGCCGCGCGCGGCUGGCCGACGCGCCUACGCGCGUGAGAGAGUCCUGAAGAGAAGGUUGCGGCCACGCGCGGGAAAAGCGGCUCUCGGUGACCGUUACCCUUUCGGUUUCCACGGGAGACGCCGGAAGGGGAGGAAGAAGUGGAACGGACCCCCCUUCUCAAAAUGGGGGACCCGGCGACUCUAGGUUGCCGUGUGUGCUGUAAAUCUUCCUGGAAUCAGCUGCAGGAUCUGUGCCGGCUAGCCAAGCUUUCUUGUCCUGCCCUUGGUGUUUCUAAGAAGAAUCUGUAUGACUUUGAAGUUGAAUACCUGUGUGAUUAUAAGAAGAUCCGUGAACAGGAAUAUUACCUGGUUAAAUGGCGUGGCUAUCCUGACUCAGAAAACACCUGGGAGCCACGGCAGAAUCUCAAAUGUGUGCGUGUUCUUAAGCAGUUCCACAAAGACUUAGAAAGAGAGCUUGUUCGGCGACACCGCCGGUCAAAGCCACCCAGGCAUCUGGACCCAAACCUAGCCAAUUACCUGGUGCAGAAGGCCAAGCAGAGGCGGGCACUGCAGCGUUGGGAACAAGAGCUCAAUGCCAAGCGCAGCCACCUGGGGCGGAUCACCGUGGAGAAUGAGGUAGACCUGGAUGGCCCUCCAAGGUCCUUUGUCUAUAUCAAUGAGUAUCGAGUUGGUGAGGGCAUCACCCUCAACCAGGUAGCUGUUGGCUGUGAGUGUCAGGACUGUCUGUUGUCACCCACUGGAGGCUGUUGCCCUGGAGCAUCCCUGCACAAGUUCGCCUACAAUGACCAAGGCCAGGUGCGACUGAAAGCUGGGCAGCCCAUCUACGAGUGCAACUCCCGCUGUUGCUGUGGCUAUGACUGCCCAAACCGUGUAGUCCAGAAAGGCAUCCGCUACGACCUCUGUAUCUUCCGCACUGAUGAUGGCCGAGGCUGGGGUGUCCGCACGCUGGAAAAGAUCCGCAAAAAUAGCUUUGUUAUGGAGUAUGUGGGAGAGAUUAUUACCUCAGAGGAGGCAGAGCGGAGGGGCCAGAUCUACGACCGCCAGGGCGCCACCUACCUCUUUGACCUGGACUACGUGGAGGACGUAUAUACCGUGGAUGCCGCCUUUUAUGGCAACAUCUCUCACUUUGUCAACCAUAGUUGUGAUCCCAACCUGCAGGUGUACAACGUAUUCAUAGACAACCUUGAUGAGCGACUACCCCGCAUCGCAUUCUUUGCCACAAGAACCAUCUGGGCGGGCGAGGAGCUCACCUUUGAUUACAACAUGCAAGUGGACCCUGUGGACAUGGAGAGUACCCGAAUGGACUCCAACUUUGGCCUGGCUGGGCUCCCUGGCUCCCCCAAGAAACGGGUCCGUAUUGAAUGCAAAUGCGGGACAACGGCUUGCCGAAAAUACCUCUUCUAGUCCUGAGAAGUCUGAGGCCAGGCUAACUGAAGGGGCCUGAAGCCACCUUCCUCUCCUACUGCUACCCUCUUGUCAAGAAUGACCAUCAAUCAGAGCCUUGUCUGCCUCCACUUGUCCUCACCUGCCCUAACCUACCCCAGGGUCAGGGCUGUUGUGAGGACUAAUUCUGGGUACCCUUUUCCUGUUCCUUUCCCCUGUCCUAGGCCCAUCAGGCGUUGCACUUAAAACUCUCAGCCCCAUUUUUAGAAGCAUACUUUUCACAUCAGGAUUCCCUAGAGUUGGAAUUCAUGUCAUGUAAUGGAGGUCCGAAGACUUAGCAAUUCAGCCCCAAAACAGGGGUUUGUUUUUUUUGUUUUUUUUUUUUUUUUUUUUUUGGUUUUGUUUUGGUUUUUGGUUUUUUUGGGGGGGGGGGAGACAGCAUCUCUGCAGCUCUAUUUAGUUAAGUCUGGUCUCAACUUUCCUCAUGAGAUUAUAGGUGUAAACCCAGCUAAGAUUUUUUUUUUCUAAUUGCAUUUGCUUCUGCUUGGAACUUGUGUGCCCUGUUGCAACACCCCUGGCUGACAGACAUCAGAGAGGCCAGCCUAACAUCAAGCUGAUUAGCAAGCACAGAGCCUUUGUACUCAAGAAAGAGCUGGGAAAUAAGGCUGGUUCUGCUCAUUGUGCUUUUGAUGCUGGCUAGUAUUAAGACCCAUAUGGUCUCAAAAAGUUGCAGGUCUGGAAAGUAGUUGCCCAAAUGCCAUCAGAAUGGGGAUGGAGUAAAUACCUCUUUGAAAGCCCCACAGAAUUAGUUUUACCAUCGGGAAGUAGAGUGCUGGGCUUAACCAAACCCAGCCUUGGCAUUUGAUGGCCACUAGAACUAUUAGAAGCUGGAACCAAGAUCUAGGUAUUCUGUAGAUAGCACUUAAGACAAUAUGUGCAUUAACUAGAAGGUAGAGCACCUUGUCUCAGGGAAGCCUUGAAAACCACAAAGGUGGAGGCCAGGAAAAAGCCCAUGUGACAGAAGGCAAUGUCUAGGCCAAAAACCCUUGUCAGCUCCAAGUAUUCAUCUGGGUCCACUUAUCUCAAAGUUAACUGCCUAGAAAUGUUUAAAAGGCAAAGAUUCUGAUGGCUGCCUUGUCCCCUGCUUCCCCACCUCCAGGAAGCCUUUCCUGUGAAACUCUGUGUCCCGCUACCAGAUGCCAGAUCUCUGUGUAUUUUGUAUAUAUGUGUCCUGCCCACACUCCCCAGGCUGGCCUUCAGGCAUGGACUGAAUUUGGUUCUCUGUAUACCCUUCAGCCCUCCCUAGCCUGGAGUGCACACCAAUAAACUGUUGUUGACUUAAUAA